GCGCAUGCUCCUUCAGUGAAGCUGUGGUUCAAAUUCAGCCGCGGAGGCCAGACUUCCUUGCCCGCCUCAGCAAGGCCGCCCUGCGGUUGAGAAGGAUUUCGGUGCUGCGUGAGGAAGCGCUGAGGCCGAAGGCAGAGAAGGGAGAAGGGCAGACUCGGGCGGACGCGCAAACCGAGGAGGCUGCCAGUGGGCGGUGUUAGCCCAGCGCGCUCAGCUGGACGCGGGGGCGCGGAGGCGGCGUGGGAUUGUCGGGAGCGCGGGGCAGCCCAGGGCAAUGGCUGACGAGAGCCCGGAGAUUGGUGGCAUCCAUUUCCCUUUUCCCUUCCCGCCCUAUCCUAUCCAGAAGGACUUCAUGGCAGAGCUCUACAAGGUUUUGGAGGGUGGCAAGAUUGGGAUAUUUGAGAGUCCAACUGGCACGGGAAAAUCCUUAAGUCUGAUUUGUGGGGCCCUCUCCUGGCUCCGUGACUUUGAGCAGAAGAAGCUGCAAGCAGAGGCUCGUCUCCUUGCACCUGGAUCUGGCCACACAAAUAGUGAGAAGGACUCACUCCUGCCUCCCUCGUCUUGCCAAGAACCUUCUGACACCCUGAGGCCCACUGGAGAACCUGACUGGGUCACCGAAUUUGUACAGAAGAAAGAAGAAAGGGACCUGGUGGAGAGGCUGAGGGAGGAGCAGGGGAGGAGGAGGAAGCGAGAGGAGCGGCUGCAGGAGGUCUGCCAGGACAGAAGGCUCAGGUUCGCAGCCAAGCGCAUGAAACAGGAGGAAGAGGAGAUUGAGACCCUCCUGCACCUUAGCAGGGAGAUGCUAGCUGCAGGACCAGGAUCAGAGCAGCUGGAGCAGCUGGAGUGUGGGGAGGAGCAUCUGGUUCUGGCAGAAUAUGAGAGUGAUGAGGAGAGAAAAGGCAGCAGGGUGGACGAGGCUGAGGAUGACUUGGAGGAAGAACAUAUAACCAAGAUUUAUUACUGCAGUCGGACACACUCACAGCUAGCCCAAUUUGUGCGUGAAGUACUGAAGAGCCCUUUUGGCAAGGAAACCCGGCUAGUCUCCCUUGGCUCUAGGCAGACCCUUUGUGUGAAUGAAGAUGUGAAAAACCUGGGUUCUGUGCAACUUAUGAAUGACCGCUGUGUGGAUAUGCAAAGAAGCAAACGCGAAAAGAGCAGAACUGGGGAAGACAAGCCAAAGAGAAAGAGACAGAAGAGCCAGACCUCUUGCCCCUUCUACAGUCAUGAGCAGAUGGAGCUUCUCCGGGACGAGAUUCUGCUGGAGGUGAAAGACAUGGAACAACUUGUGGCCCUUGGGAAGGAGGCCCGGGCCUGCCCUUAUUAUGGAAGCCGCUUUGCCAUCCCUGCAGCCCAGCUAGUGGUGCUACCCUACCCAAUGCUGCUGCACGCAGCUACCCGACAGGCUGCCGGAAUCAGGCUGCAAGGUCAGGUGGUCAUUAUUGACGAGGCUCACAACCUGAUCGACACCAUCACCAACAUCCACAGCACAGAGGUCAACGGUUCCCAGCUCUGCCAGGCCCAUUCCCAGUUGCUCCAGUACAUGGAAAGAUAUGGGAAGCGUCUGAAGGCCAAGAACCUGAUGUAUAUCAAGCAGAUCCUGUACCUGCUGGAGAAGUUUGUGGCUGUUUUGGGAGGUAACACGAAGCAAAAUCCUAGUACACAGAUCCUGCCUCAAACAGGGUCUGAGCUGAAGAGCAUCAACGACUUUCUCUUUCAGAGUCAGGUGGACAACAUCAACCUCUUCAAGGUGCAGCGGUAUUUGGAGAAGAGCGCGCUCAGCAGGAAGCUCUUUGGCUUCACAGAAUGUUUUGGAGUUGUUCUUCCAUCCGUCUCAGACUCUCAGGAAAACCGAGGUCUGGGUGGCUUCCAGCAGUUCCUGAAGAGCCUGCAGUCAGGGCCUACUGAGGACUCCCUGGAGGAGGGCCAGGCUGGAGCCCUGCGGCCUGCCUCUCCGCUGAUGCACAUUGAGGCCUUCCUGGCAGCUCUCACGACGGCCAACCAGGACGGCAGGGUUAUCGUGAACCGCCAAGGCAGUGUGGGCCAGAGCAGCCUUAAAUUCUUACUCUUGAACCCAGCUGUGCACUUUGCCCAGGUGGUGAAGGAAUGCCGAGCAGUAGUCAUCGCAGGUGGCACCAUGCAGCCGGUAUCAGACUUUCGGGACCAGCUGCUGGCGUGUUGUGGAGUAGAAGCUGCGCGAGUGGUGGAGUUUUCCUGUGGUCACGUGAUCCCUCCAGACAACAUCUUGCCCCUUAUUAUAUGCAAUGGUCCCUCUAACCAGCAGCUGGAAUUCACCUACCAGAGAAGAGAGCUGCCUCAGAUGAUGGAGGAGACAGGCCGCAUUCUCUGUAACUUGUGCAACGUGGUCCCUGGAGGGGUGGUAUGCUUCCUCCCCUCCUAUGAGUACCUGCGCCAGGUACAUGCUCACUGGGACAAGACUGGCCUGCUGGCACGCUUGUCUGUCAGGAAAAAGAUAUUUCAAGAGCCCAAGAGAGCAAGCCAAGUGGAACAGGUGCUGAUGGCAUAUUCCAAGUGCAUUACGAGUUACAGUCACUCAGAAGGCCAUCUGACAGGGGCCUUGCUCCUCUCUGUGGUUGGAGGGAAGAUGAGUGAGGGAAUCAACUUCUCUGACGACCUGGGCCGGUGUGUGGUGAUGGUGGGGAUGCCGUACCCCAACAUUAAGUCUCCGGAGCUGCAAGAGAAGAUGGCCUACUUGAAUCAGACCCUUCCCAGGAUACAAGGUCAGCCCCCGCCAGGGACGGUAUUGAUAGAGAAUCUAUGUAUGAAGGCUAUAAACCAAUCCAUAGGCAGGGCCAUCAGGCACCAGAGGGACUUUGCCAGCAUUGUGCUCCUGGAUCACCGGUAUGCCCGCCCUUCUAUCCUGGCGAAGCUGCCAGCCUGGAUCCGAGACCGAGUGGAGGUCAAAGCCACCUUUGGACCUGCUUUUGCUGCUAUGCGGAAGUUUCAUCGAGAGAAGUCACACCCAUGUCUGGUAUAAGCUUCUCUUUAUUCUCUCUGCUUGACCUGGCCUUUCCUUUUGGCCUAAGAAGGUUAAAACCAUAUGCAGACUGCUAAGACUACACCAGCCUUCCAGAAGCAGUGGACUCCAGAACUUGCAUAGAAAAGCCACAAGGACAAAUCCAGAACUUCCUGAAGGACCCUGGCCUGAGAUACCUCGUUCCCCGGCUCAGGUUCAGCUUUCCGCCUGGCUUCUCGUGCUUGCAGCAGCUUCCUGCCUUUUCUGAGGUGAGGCCCACCUGUCCUUUCUAGAGACAGUAAGCUUUUCUUGGCCUUGGACUCCCAUCUCAGGCACAGAUGUCCCUGUUUCAAGUUUUAUUGCCUGGCCCACUCCAGUAUGACACACAUAUCUGUGCAGAAGAGAGUUUGAGGAAAAAAAUAGGCACAUAAUAUGGAAAGAGCUGACAUAAACAUGAUUUUCCUGAAGAACCUUCACAAAGACUUGGAUGCUGGCUGUAGGCCUUUCUGUGCCCCACGAUUGAUUUUUCUCCUUGUGCUUUCCCUCAAAAAGGAAGAGGCAUUGAUCCUGCCCAUGGCUGUUCAGGCCUCUGCUCAGAACAGCAUCUUCCUGCAGACAUGGCAUGGGGCAAAAGUGUCUCUGUGGUUUUCAUUUUCUUCUCUUGUACCAUGAAUGGGAGCCCCAGUUAGGCGUCCAGGCCCCCAGUGUUCUUUUGUGGCUGUCCCUUUGAGAGCUUCAGCCAACUCUCAGGAGCAGUGCCCUUGCCAUUUGGACAAUAACCUGGUUGACAACUGCUUGCAAACUGAGAGGAGCCAAGAAAAGGCAGAGGGGAGAAUGAAGGCUUGUCUUUCAGGAUUCUUUCACAGCCUGCAGCUCAAAAGAGUCCCAUCCUUGAUUCCUCUCCAGGUAGAAAUGAUAAGGCCCUCACACCUGGGGAAGAGUGUUUAGAGACAAGCCUCCUGUAGGGAGGCAGGGACAGAUUUUGUCAUUAGAGUAGGGCUUUAGCAUACACUAAAGUACAACUAGAAGUCUUCGUCAUAUGAGGACCCAGAGAAUGUCAGCCGCUGUAAACCUUGGAUUGUCACUGGGAAUCCACUUAUCUGUUACCUGUUAUAGCAAUGUUUGCAGACUUACAUCAUAGGAAUAUAAUCCAUGUGUUAUGCCUGAUUAAAAGAACAGUUGAACCUAUAUAAACUUUAUGGUCGAGUAUGAGAAUCCUCCUAAAUGCAGUUGACAAUAUCAUGGUGAUAGAUAGUUGUCUGGAGACAGCGUGCAGUGUCAGCUAUAAAAGAGCACUGGGGGGAUGGGAAUGGGAGGAAUAAUUAAGGGGACCAAAGGGGCCAGUGGGCUGCAGAAGGAAGGGUCCAGAGACCUCAUUUGCUGUGUGACCCCCAUGAAGCCUCUGUUUGGAACCUGCACACCUUCAUAUGUACAUUGCUCCUCAAAACUGCCUGCCUGGCCUCCCUUGGAGGCUGCAGGACACAUGUCCAUGAGCUCUUGUGGAGAACUCUUCUUUUAACAUGACAGCCAGGGUAUAUGUCAGAGUAUCUUGUGUUCAUACUAAAACAUAGAGGCCAAAGUGCGCAUCCACUCCAUGUCAUCCCUGCCCCUCCCACCGAUCACCCAACUGCUGGGGGGGGGGGGGUGUCAGCAUUUCAGGGCAGGGCCCCUCCCCUUAUCUGCAGUCUGUAACCCAGCCCUUCUUCCUGAAGUUCCUCUAUGUAACCCUCUAUGGGGAUCAACCUAAACUCAUGUUAAAAGAAUUCCCAGGAACUGAUCUCACUACUUUUGUGCCCAC